AUGCUGCACGAGCUCCUCCUUGCCCUUCUCGGCUUCACCGGUGACUUCGUGCUCGACAACUCCUCCGCCCGCCGCGGCCCCGAGCCGGCCGAAGCCGGUGGCGCCGGAGACGGCGACGUGGGCCCCGCCUUCCGCCUGGCGCCCGACCUCACCUUCCUCCAGCCGUCAGAGAGGAGUGCUAUUGAAAGGCUCAUAUCUCUGGGAUUUUAUUACAGAGAACUGAAUCGUUUUGCGACCGAGUCUCGUGAUCUGAGUUGGAUUCAGUCUUCUGUUGAGGUUUCAUCACCUAAUGCUGAUAUUACUCUGAAGGGCAAAGUGAGAAAAGGGAGUGCAUACCGGAGGGCAAUUGCCAAUGGUAUUGCUGAGAUUUUAUCAGUUUAUAGGUCAGCUGUUCUGCAGGUUGAGCAAAACCUGUUGUCAGACCCAUUGCCUAUCCUGGCGACAGUAACCCAUGGGCUAAAUAAGUUUGAGGUUCUUCUGCCUCCACUUUAUGAGCUUGUUAUGGAAAUCGAGCAGAAAGACAUCAAGGGAGGACAGCUUCUUAACCUGUUACAUAAAAGAUGCCAUUGUGGGGUUCCAGAAUUGCAAAGCUGCAUUCAGAGGCUGCUUUGGCAUGGACACCAGGUCAUGUUUAACCAGCUGACUUCUUGGAUGGUUUAUGGUAUUCUUCAAGAUCAGUACCAUGAAUUUUUCAUCAGAAGACAGGUUGACAGAGACGAGGAGAAUGAAUCGGCUCAGUCUGAUGUUGCUGAUAAAUUUGCGCAGAAAUUAGCUAAAGACACAUCCCUUACUAGUUGGCACUCAGGAUUUCAUGUAUCAUUGGACAUGUUGCCGGAGUAUAUCCACAUGCGAGUUGCAGAAUCAAUUCUAUUCGCUGGCAAAGCAAUAAGGGUUCUUAGAAACCCUAGUCCUGGUGCUACAUUGCUGGAACCAACCAACCAAAGUCAGACAUUGAAAGGAUCUCAUAGAAUGCAAAGCUUCACGGGGGGCUCCGGUGCUCUGAAGGAGCUGCCAAACUUCUCUAACAUUAGUGCAGAAGAAUUAUUGCCACAGGCUGAAGCAGAUAAAGUUGAUGCCAUGCUUAAGCAGCUAAAGCAUGCUUCCGAGUUCCAUAAAAGGUUGUUUGAGUCUGCUGUUAGCUCAAUACGUACAAUUGCAGCUAACCAUCUUUGGCAGUUAGUGGUUGUACGCGCUGAUCUCAAUGGCCACUUGAAGGCACUUAAAGAUUAUUUUCUUUUGGCGAAAGGUGAUUUUUUCCAGUGUUUUCUUGAGGAAAGCCGUCAAUUAAUGCGCUUACCACCUCGUCAAUCUACAGCUGAAGCAGAUCUCAUUGUCCCAUUUCAGUUGGCUGCGCUGAAAACUAUAGGCGAUGAAGACAAAUACUUCACCAGGGUAUCUCUAAGGAUGCCACUGUUUGGUAUGAAAUCUAGUACAUCACAGAAAGAUUUUCAGAAGUCCAACACAUCAGAUCUUUCCUUGCAAGGAAAGGCUAGCUCAGAGUUGGCACUUGAUGGUUGGCAUAGUAUUGCUCUGGAAUAUUCCGUCGAUUGGCCACUACAACUCUUCUUUACUCCUGACGUUCUUUCUAAGUAUCGCAAAGUUUUUCAGUAUCUCAUUCGGUUGAAGAGGACACAAAUGGAAUUGGAGAAAUCCUGGACAGCUGUAAUGCAUCAAGAUCAUGUUGAUUUUUCUGAUUAUUGCAAGGAUCGGAAGAAUUCCUCUGCAACACAACUGCGUCGGUUACGCACGAAGCCUUUUUGGCGAGUAAGGGAGCAUAUGGCUUUCUUGAUCAGAAACCUACAGUUCUACAUCCAGGUUGAUGUAAUUGAGUCACAGUGGAAUGUUUUACAAACUCACGUUCAAGACUCGCAUGAUUUUACAGAACUAGUGACCUUUCAUCAAGACUAUUUGUCGGCAUUGAUAUCACAGUCCUUCUUGGAUAUAGGAUCAGUUUCUAGAAUACUGGACAGUAUAAUGAAGCUCUGCUUGCAGUUCUGCUGGAGUAUCGAGCAAUACGAAACAGGCGCAAACAUGUUUGAGAUUGAUCACAUAACUGAGGAGUUCAACAAGAAAUCAAAUUCGCUGUACACUAUCCUAAGGAGUAGUCGACUUGCGGGAAGUCAGAGAGCACCUUUCCUGAGGCAGUUUCUGAUGAGACUGAACUUUAACUCUUUCUUUGAGACAACUGCGAGGGGUGUGAUGAAUUCAGGCAGGCUGCGGCCAGGCACAGCGAGUACCCAGCUGUAA